AUGACCGCAGCUUUGGCGUGCUUAUUUUUUGGUAGAGGCGCCCUGGCCACCCCCCGCCUUCUGCUUGUCUCCAUGCUCCAGUGCCUCUUCCUCCCAGGGACCCUCUGCGAAACCGUCCGAUUCGGCACCUACGAAGAGAAACCUCCUGGCACUGUUAUUGGGGUGCUAGCAGAGGAGCUGCAGCAGCUUGGUUCGCCCAUCGACGGGGCACCCAACAUCUUCCGCCUGAUGAAGCAGUCGGGCAACAGCUCCCUGGUGCGGGUGCGCGAGCGGGACGGGCAGCUGAGCCUAGGAGCCGAGCGGCUGGACCGGGAGCAGCUGUGCGGGCAGGCGGAGGAGCCGUGCGUGAUGGCCUUCGACGUGGUGAGCCUGGGCGGGCCGCGCGGCGGCUCCUCCUCGCAGUACCGCCUGGUGCACGUGGAGCUGGAGGUGCGCGACAUCAACGACCACGCGCCUCGCUUCCCGCAGCCCCUCAUCGCCCUGGAGGUGUCGGAGAGCGCCGCGCCGGGCACCCGCCUGCCGCUCGACCUGGCGCACGACCUGGACGUGGGCUCCAACGGCAUCCAGAGCUUCGCCGUCUCGCCCAACAGCCACUUCGGCCUAGAGGCGCAGAGCCGCGCCGACGGGCUCAAGUGCGCCGAGCUGGUGCUGCUCACCGAGCUGGACCGCGAGGCGCAGGCCGCCUACCGCCUGGAGCUGGUGGCCAAGGACGGCGGGAGCCCCGCGCGCUCCGGCACGGCCACGGUCAGCGUGCGGGUGCUGGACGCCAACGACAACGCGCCCGCCUUUCCGCACGGCGCGCUGCUGACCGUCGAGCUGCCCGAGGACGCGCCGCCGGGCUCGCUGCUCCUCGACCUGGACGCCUCGGACCCCGACGAGGGCUCCAACGGGCAGCUGCUCUACGCCUGGGGCAGCCAGGUGCCCGCCGAGGCGCGCCAGCUCUUCGGCCUCGACCCGCUCUCGGGCCGCCUCAGCCUGCAGGGCGCCGUCGACUACGAGCUCCAGCGCGCCUACGAGCUCGACGUCCAGGCCAGCGACCGCGGCGCCAGCCCCUUGGCCGCCAGCUGCAAGGUGGUGGUGCGCCUCCUCGAUGUCAACGACAACGCGCCCACCGUGGCCAUCAGCGCCCUCAGCGCCGGCGUCGGUAGCGGCGGGGCUGCUACUCAGGCCGGGGCGGAAGAGGACGACGCCUCCGCCUCGACGGUGGCUUACGUGAGCGAGGCGGCGCCGGCGGAGAGCCUUGUGGCGCUGGUCAGCACCUCGGACAGCGACGCGGGCGCUAACGGCCAGGUGCGCUGCUCCCUCCUGGCCGCGCCCCACGAGCCCUUCGCCCUGCAGCGCGCCUACGACGCCAGCUACGUGGUGCUCACCACCGGAGCCCUGGACCGCGAGCGCGUGGCCGAGUACAACCUGACGGUGGUGGCCGAGGACCUGGGCUCGCCGCCGGCCAAGACCGUGCGCCGCCUCACCGUGCGCCUGGCCGACGAGAACGACAACACGCCGCGCUUCGCCAAGGCGCGCUACGAGGUGGCCGUGCUGGAGAACAACCCGCCUGGCGCCUACCUGGCCUCUGUCCUCGCCUCGGACCCGGACCUCGGCCUCAACGGCAAAGUCACCUACCAUCUGCUGCAGAAGUCGGUCAAUAGAUCCCCUGUCUCAUCCCCCCUGUUUUCUGUGGAGCCCUCCAGCGGUGUCAUGCGCGCCCUUGAGUCUCUGGACUUUGAGCAGCGGCUGCAGCUGGAAGUGGAGAUUGAAGCCUGCGACGGGGGCACCCCGCAGCUUUGCCAGCGAACUCAGAUUGGGGUGACCGUGGUGGAUCAGAACGACAACCCACCUCAGAUCACCUUCCCGUCACUCGUUAACGGCUCUGCUGAUCUUCCUCUGCCCGUCAGGGCUCCAGUUGGUUUCCUGAUUGCUCGGAUGGCAGCCCGGGACGCAGACGAGGGCUCCAAUGCCGAACUGUCGUUCUCCAUCCUAGGGGUAAAGCCAAAGCUUUUUGGGAUCAACCCACUGACAGGAGAGCUCUUUCUGAGGAAGAGGCUCCCUGGAGAUGCCUUGCCUGAAACGCCCAUUCUCUUGAUCCUUGCCGUCGAGGAUGGCGGCCGCCCUUCCUUGACUUGUACAGCCACGCUGCGGCUUAUUCCCACGGACACACUGCCCUCUAGUGUGGAGAUUGUGGCCAUACAGCCAUCAACUGCAGAGAAACAGCCUUUCAAUCUCGCCCUCCUGCUGAUCGCCGUGUUGGCGGGAGGCUGCGGCUUGCUGCUUGUCGCCAUCCUCCUGGUGGUGGCUUCCACGUGCAGGACCAGGAAAAGUCUCCUCAGAGGGAUGCCCCAUCAGUCAGUACAGGCACCAGGCAACCUUUCCUUUGGACGGGUGGAGGCAGACAGCACAUAUUUGGACUUCAGCACUACUGAUAUUCCCGGGGCCGAAGGGAGCGGAGAUCCUUUGUGUGUGACAGAGAGACCUAGGAACAAUACCUCCCAGAUGAUUGACAUGCAGAUUGUCCCACCCACCUGUCAGAGUCCUUGUGCAACAGCCAGCUGGUUGACAGGUGAUUGGGAACCGCAGCACAAGGGCUUUGCCCGCCUUAUGCCUGGCAAAGCCCCGAGCAUAGGGCUGGCAAAGCUGCUUUCUGCAGGGAUCAGCUGUGCCAUCAAGGGAACCCGAUCCAGCUGGGUUGAACUCACCACCCAUCAGCUGAUGAGUGGUGGCAUUCUCCCUGCAGGAUCACAAUGUAUUUGGAAGCCCCGUGGAGAGAAAAGUUGCAGGGGAAGAAGAACAUGGAGUGAAGAAAGGGCGGGUGGGCAAAAAGGUCAAGGACUCCUUUCUUUCUCUGUUUUUCCUCAGUGCCAACUCCAAAUCAAAGCUAAGGCUGCCAUCUUGUGCCCACUUACCUGGAAUACCCACUCAGCUCCCGAUCAAGUGAGUAUGAAAGACAGUGGGAAAGGAGAUAGUGAAUGUAACGACAGUGACUCUGACACCAGCAAGGACAGACUGAAGAAAGACUCAGCAGAAAAAAAUGAGAAGCAAAGUGGGACGGCAGCAUUUGCCACAGACAGCUGCAGUGGCCUGCAGGUCCACUUGUCUUCAAGAAGCAAACAUCUUCAAUUUCAUUUUGAACAUGGGGGUACAAUUUCAUAUCCUGCAGCCCAGAGGACAACUUGUGUUCACCCUGAGUUUCCAACAGAAAGCAAAGGCUGUUCUCCAGGUGAAUCGGAGAGAUUACAGAGUAUCUAUGAAAGAGUAUGCAGUGGAGGCACAACCCUGGCCACGUCAUCAAGACCGUGCAAAGAAUCAAAUUAUACUCCACAGAGCUCUUUCUCAACUCAUGCCUCUGAGAUAGCAACAUCAUUUUGACAGAGCAAAGAUUUAAAAAAAUCUCCCAAGCAUCCUGGGUACUUGUAUACAUGAUCAAGCCAAAGUAAAGCAUUUUUAAGGUUCAUUGCUUUCAGUGGGAGAAUUAAACAUGUGCCCAUUGAAAUCAAUGGGGAUUAAAAGUGUGUGACUGAACUCACUGAAUCGAGUUCUUUAGUGGUUACUUUUUUGUAAGUGACUUUGAGUUCCAUUUCAAAAACAGUAACUAAUAAAUGAUGAUGAUGCCUAUAGUGAUAUAUAGCAGAAA